UCGGCCGGAAUCCGGUGGCAAGGAACCUGCUGGAAUCGGCGAAAGCUGUGCCGGAAUCGAGAAGACCUGUACCGGAUCCGACUCAGAUUUCAACGGAUCCAGUCGCCGGAAUGAUCGACCUCGGUCGACUUUGUGA